CUCGACGGGGCGCUGCGGCAGGAGUUCAGCGUCUUCUCCACGCGCGAGCGGCUCCUGGAGACGCUGCGCGCUGCCGGCCCCCACGGCGACCUGGUGCGCGAGGAGCUGGCCAUGGUGCAGGGCGCGCUGGAGCUGCGCACCAAGGUGGUGGAGGACGUGCUCACGCCGCUCGCUGACUGCUUCAUGCUGCGCGCCGAUGCUGUGCUCGACUUUGCCACCGUCUCGGAGAUCCUCCGCUCCGGCUACACCCGCAUCCCCGUCUAUGAGGGCGACCGGCGCGACAACAUCGUGGACCUACUCUUCGUCAAGGACCUGGCUUUCGUGGACCCCGAUGACUGCACGCCCCUGCAGACUGUCACACGCUUCUACCGCCGCCCGCUCCACUGCGUUUUCAACGACACACGCCUCGACACGCUGCUCGAGGAGUUCAAGAAGGGAAAGUCCCACCUGGCCAUUGUGCAGCGGGUGAACAACGAAGGGGAAGGAGACCCGUUCUACGAGGUGAUGGGCAUUGUCACCUUGGAGGAUGUCAUUGAGGAGAUCAUCAAGUCCGAGAUCCUGGAUGAGACGGAUCUGUACACAGACAAUCGGAAGAAGGAGCGGGUGCCCCACCGGGGGCGCAAGCCCCAGGACUUCUCCAUCUUCAGACUCUCUGACAGUGAGAUGAGGGUGAAGAUCUCCCCCCAGCUCCUGCUGGCUACACAUCGGUUUAUGGCAACAGAAGUCGAGCCUUUCAAGUCCCCCUACCUCUCCGAGAAGAUCCUGCUGCGGCUCCUGAAACACCCCAAUGUCAUCCAGGAGCUCAAGUAUGACCGAAAGAACAAGAAGGCCUUGGAGCAUUACCUCUACCAGCGCAACCGCCCCGUCGACUACUUUGUUCUCAUCCUGCAGGGAAAAGUGGAGGUGGAAGUUGGCAAGGAAGAGCUGCGUUUUGAGAAUGGGGCAUUCACCUACUACGGUGUCCCAGCCAUCAUGGCUGUCAUCUCCUCGGAUAAUGACGUGCGGAAAGUGAGCAGCCUGGCUGGAUCCUCCUUCCUGCGUAGGUAGCUAAGGAGAUCCCCUGCUUGCAGUGGUUAACAGAGCUCUGAAGCCCCAAAUCCCCAUCGCAAGUCCUGGGGAGGCAGCACCACACAGCUCUACAGCAGCAGCAACAACAUCUACACCCCCGACUACUCCGUGCACAUCCUCUGCGACGUGCAGUUUGUCAAGAUCACCCGGCAGCAGUACCAGAACGCGGUGGUAGCCAGUCGCAUGGACAGCUCGCCCCAGUCCCCGGAUGUGGAGGCUUUCAACGACAGGGAUUCGACCAAGGCCUCAACAGCUCGCGGAACCCCCCAGACGCCCAAAGAGGACACCACCGCCCUCCUGAACGAGAGGAACAGCAUCCUGUGCAGCCGGGCUGACGGGUUGCGCAGCCCCAGCGACUCUGUGUUCCUGCGCAUGGAGGGGAUCCCCUACAUCCAGGAGGAGCUGGCUGACAACGAGGAGAGCUGCAAGCAGCAGAACAGUGAGUGCUGCAGCACUGCCCUGGACGUGGAGUCCCCAGGCAGAGAGGCUGGGACAAGCUCCUCUCCGAGUGGCUCCGAGGAGACCCUGGGCAAGAGGCUGCUGAGAUCACUGAGCGGGCGCAAGCAGCGGCAGUCCCUGGAGGGUGAGCAAGCACCAGAGGAGAGCUCCAAUCUCGCCCCGUUAAUCACCUGAGCAGCAGCGUGGCUGGAGCACGGUGCUGGAGGCUUGCAUGGACUGGAGGUCUGCAGCAUGGGGGCCUCCUGCCACGAGUCUCAUGUCCAACAGCAGCAGGUCUGCACUCGCUCGCUGCCCGCCUGCCCGCUCGUGCCGCCCUUCCCUGCAGGACUUGUGCAGAGCCCCGUCCCCAGGCAAGAA